CUCGAAGACGGGUCUGCUUUGCGAGUAUACGCACGGCUAGGAUGCACCGCCUGGUGAAGUGUCUAUGGACGCCCCUGUUGUUGGCCGCUGCUUGCACGGCGCAGAACCUAGUUUCUAUGGAGGAAUGUGCUCGAGGAAACGGCGUCCCCGGAUUCAAGAACUUCACUAUCUAUCCCUGCGACAGUGACCCCUGCGUGAUCACGAGAGGCGAAACCUACAACGUCACCUUCUUCGCAGAAGCCACCACCAAAGCGAAUGUCGUCAUGCUGAGCACCAGCGUCCACCAGCAGUCCAACGCCACCCUGGUCCAGGUUGGUCAGACGGUCAGCUGCCACUUCCGGGACUUCCCCUGCAACGUGACCAAGGGAGAGCUUUUCCGUGGAAGUUACAACUUCGGCCUCAGCUUCAGCACUUUCGCUCCUGAGGAGGUUACGUAUUGGGUUCAAGUCGGCACCUACCAGGCUAUGUUCGCGUGCGGCCAGAUCAAGCUGAUCGUCGAGUGACGAAGUUAUGUGUUAUGCUUGUCCUGUGUUGCUCUUACGGAUUUACAACGUACUACUAUGCAAAAGUCAUUAACCGUAAUGGAUAAUGUUAAACUACACGUUCCUGCUGCUAAUUACAUAUAUCAAUCAAGGCCUCAAUCGAAACUUCCAUUGAUAUGUUGAUUCAAUAAAGGCCCCUUUUGUUGGUGUUAUAAAAAA